AUGUAGUCCGGGUAGCUGAUGGGGAGAUUGCCUGGCCAAUUAUAUAUCUCCUUGAUCGCCAUUCCUUCAUUUCCUCACUAAUUUGUCAUGUUCUUCUCACCAAUGCAAAAAAUAGCACAUUCCUCCUAUCCCUCUUCCCCUCUCCCUCGCUGUCCCUUUCCUCCUCCUCUCUCUUCCCCUCAUCAAUGGAUGACAAUGGAAGGGGAAGCCUGCUUUCGCUCUCCGCCUUCUUUUUCCUCCUCGUCGUCCGUGCCACCACCGCCACCGAUGACGAUGACGAUUCCUCUGUCAUGUCCAAGUUCCUUGAUGGUUUGUCUUCACCACCUCAGGGCUGGUCGUCACGGACGAGCUACUGCAAAUGGACCGGCGUGAGUUGCGACUCAUCCUCACACGUGACCUCUAUCAGCCUUGAAUCCAUGUCCCUCUCCGGGACCCUCCCAUCAGACCUCUCCCCUCUCUCUCGUCUCAAAUCUGUCUCCUUACAGCGGAACUCCUUAUCCGGUUCUAUACCAUCCUUCGCAAACCUUGCAUCCCUUGAAGAGCUCUUCCUUGACAACAACAACUUCACCGAUAUCCCGUCAGGUGCAUUCCAGGGUCUCACGAGCCUCCAGGUGCUAAGCGUGAGCAACAACCCUAAUCUCCAGCCUUGGAUGAUUCCCGAGGACCUUAAAGAAUCUUCUGGCCUUGUAACUCUGUAUGCAUCCGACGCAAAUGUUGUGGGUUCCUUGCCUGACUUCUUCCACUCGCUCUCAAGUUUGCAACACCUAAGGCUUUCCUACAACAACCUCACCGGGUCCUUGCCUGCAUCCCUUGGCGGUUCCAGCAUUCAAACCCUCUGGCUCAAUAAUCAGGAACAAGGUCUAUCCGGUACCCUCAAUGUACUUUCUGGUAUGACCCAAUUAUCCCAAGCUUGGUUGCACAAGAACCAGUUCACAGGCCCGGUUCCGGACCUAUCCAAAUGUGAGAGCCUUUUUGAUCUACAACUUCGCGACAACCUUCUGACCGGCAUUGUGCCUGCAAGUCUCACAUCUCUAUCUAACAUACAAAACGUGUCACUGGACAAUAACAAAUUACAAGGUCCCAUCCCUGACAAUUCCCGGAAUAUUAAGCUAACCUAUCACGGUGUUGAUACUUUUUGUAAAACUUCAGCUGGCCCGUGUGAUCCACAAGUCACGACACUGCUCGAAGUUGCCGGGGCUCUAGGGUACCCAAUGACACUCGCCGAUUCUUGGUCUGGAAAUGAUGCUUGUCAAGGUUGGAUUUUUGUCACGUGCCAAGGCGGCAAAGUGACUACUGUGGCUUUAUCGAAACAACAUUUCAUUGGGGCAAUAUCGCCCUCUUUUGGGAAUCUGACCUCAUUGCGGAGUUUGCUCUUGAACGACAAUAACUUGACUGGUUCUAUCCCAGACAGCUUGGCUAAAUUGCCUGAUCUUGAGAUGUUGGAUGUGUCAAACAACAAUCUCAGUGGGUUGGUGCCGAAAUUUCCUUCCAAGGUGAAAUUGGUAACGUCGGGAAAUCCUCUACUUGGAAAAAAGCUAAGCUCUGGAGGUGGGAGUGGUGCUGGUGGUUUGGGCGGUUCUUCAAAUUCGGCCGGGGCUAUUGCAGGUAUUGUAAUCACUGUUUUGAUCAUUGCUGGAGUUGUAGCAUUCAUCUUGUUUCGAUGUUUCCAUUCCAAGAGCAGUUGUAGGAAGACAUGGAGCGUGAAGAGCUCUGUGCACAAGGCUGAAUCAUCUAAAGGUCGGGCGAAAUCACCACAGAACCAAGGCAACAUCAGGAACAACGAUUUCCUCAUAUUUGACAAUGGGAACGUCAUGGUUUCAAUUCAUGUUCUCCGUCAAGUGACUAACAAUUUCUUUCCGGGCAACAUAAUUGGAAGGGGAGGCUUCGGCACUGUAUAUAGAGGAGUAUUUGAAGAUGGAAUGGAGAUUGCCGUGAAGAGGAUGGAAUCAUCGGCAAUGAGUGAUAAGGGAAUCCAUGAGUUCCAAGCUGAAAUUUCAGUCCUUACCCAAGUUCGGCACCGGCACUUGGUCGCUCUCUUAGGAUUUUGCAUCAAUGGGAAUGAGAGGCUUUUGGUGUAUGAAUUCAUGCCUCGGGGAACCCUCUCGCAGCAUGUAUUCGAGUGGCGAGAGAGGCAAUUACCACCCCUCAGUUGGAAGCAAAGACUCACAAUCGCUGUGGAUGUUGCUCGGGGGGUCGAAUACUUGCACAGCUUAGCCCAGCAGAGUUUUAUUCAUCGGGACUUGAAACCAUCAAACAUACUGCUUGGAGAUGACAUGAGGGCUAAAGUCGCAGACUUCGGCUUGGUGAGGAACGCACCAGAUGGGAAAUACUCGGUCGAAACUCGAUUGGCUGGGACAUUCGGGUAUCUAGCUCCUGAAUAUGCUGCUACCGGGAAGGUGACCACCAAGGUGGACAUCUUUGCGUUUGGAGUCAUACUGAUGGAGCUAAUCACGGGCCGGAAAGCACUUGAUGAUACAGUAUCCGAUGAGAGGUCACACCUUGUUAGUUGGUUUAGAAGAAUCCUGAUCAACAAGGAAGACCUCUCCAAGGUGAUCGAUGAAGCACUAGACCUGGACGAGGAGACACUGCAAAGCAUAACCAAGGUAGCUGAACUAUCAGGCCAUUGCACGGCCCGUGAGCCACAGCAGAGGCCAGAUAUGGGCCAUGUAGUCAACAUCUUGAGCCCGCUCAUCGAGCAGUGGAGACCUGAAUCCCGCUACGAGCUGGAAGAGGACGGGCUUGGGAUGAGUGACAUCAGCUUAAACAUGUCACUUCCUCAAGUUCUCCAGAGAUGGCAAAGUGAAGGGACUUCCACCAUGUACAGUAAUGGUACGACAACAACCUCGUCUUACGGCCUGAGCCAAACUGAUUCGAGCACCCCAUCAAAGCCCUCGACCUUCAAAGACUCUAUGCAAUCAACCAAUCGUCGAUGAAGGAAAUUAACUAUGAAAAAAUGAAAGAAAAAUUAUAGAUGAGAUUCUGUUCAUCACAA